UCCCAUGAAGGCCGAUCUCAAGAAAGGUCCCCGCUCCGGGGCUGCCCGAGGACCUGCCGCUCCCUGGGGCGGCUCCGUGGCUGGAACCGCCGCCGAACCGCGACGGGGACGAUCCCGGGACGCGGUUUCCAACCUCCCGCUUGGGUCGAGCCCCGUCGGGGCGGUGCCCAACAACGGACCCGGCACCUCCUCGACGGCUCCGGACCCCGGCGGGCGGGUCCUUGAUGGCAGGUGGUCGCAGAGCGGGCGUAUGAGGCUGCCCGCACCGCCACCGCAACCCCCCGGCGCCCUGCGGGAUGCGGUGCUGGAGCUGCCGCCGGCGCUGAGCGGCCGAGCCGGGGCCAUGGGAGCCAGCGGGAGCGGGGCCGCGCUGCCCGAGCGCCUCCGCCUGCCCGUCUGCUUCCUGGGGGUCUUUGCCUGCUAUUUUUAUUAUGGCAUCUUGCAGGAGAGCAUCACGCGGGGGCGCUACGGCGAGGGGGCGAAGCAGGAGAAGUUCAGGUACGCCCUGACCCUGGUGUUCAUCCAGUGCGUGAUCAACGCCGCCUUCGCCAAGCUCCUGAUCCGUUGCCUGGAGCCGGCGAAGGCGGAUCGCACGCGGAGCUGGCUCUACGCCGCCUGCUCCCUCUCCUACCUGGGUGCCAUGGUCUCCAGCAACUCAGCACUGCAGUUUGUCAGCUACCCCACCCAGGUCCUUGGCAAAUCCUGCAAGCCCAUUCCAGUCAUGCUUUUAGGAGUGACUUUGCUGCGGAAGAAGUAUCCCCCAGCCAAGUAUCUCUGCGUCCUCUUGAUAGUGGCAGGAGUGGCCCUGUUCCUGUACAAGCCCAAGAAGGGGGCUGGGAGUGAGGACCACGUCUUUGGCUACGGAGAGCUGCUGCUGCUGCUGUCACUGACCUUGGACGGGCUGACUGGAGUAUCUCAGGACCACAUGAGAGCUCACUACCAGACUGGUUCCAACCACAUGAUGCUCAACGUGAACCUCUGGUCCACCUUGUUCCUGGGGGCUGGGAUCCUGUUCACUGGAGAGCUCUGGGAGUUCCUGAGUUUCACGGAGCGUUACCCCAGCAUCAUUUACAACAUCCUCCUGUUUGGCCUGACCAGUGCCCUGGGUCAGAGUUUUAUUUUCAUGACUGUGGUGUACUUUGGACCUCUGACUUGUUCCAUCAUCACCACAACCCGCAAGUUCUUCACCAUUUUGGCCUCUGUUGUUCUCUUUGCCAACCCCAUCAGCUCCAUGCAGUGGGUGGGGACGAUCCUGGUCUUCUUGGGUCUUGGACUCGAUGCCAAAUUUGGGAAAGUGGUAAAGAAGACGUCGCAUUGAGGACAUGACUGAUCUCUGGAUUUGGGAGGAACUUUUAAUUUAUUGUCUUGUACCUCAAAAUCUGUUAUGAAACUGGACUCAGGAUAGGUAGCCAGAAGGGAGAGUGUUGGAAAUUUUUUUGUUGUUUUAGUUUUUUAAUUCUAAAUUGUCUUCAAAAUGUAAAUCUUUAGUUUUAACUGGAAUUAAGCUUUUUUGUUUCUGUAAUCAAAGCUGCAUUACUCUAUCCUAGUAGCAGGAUGAAAUUCUUGCCUUAACAGGAGGAAAAAAAAACCCCACAAAACCAAACCUUAAGAUCUUUAUUAAAGAAAAAGAGACAAUGGUCACUUUUUCAGAACUUUAA